GAGAGAGAAGCUGAUCGGCUUGAUCAGUUCCAACAAGCAGCAUGUGCCUUAUUUGAUUCUAGGACAGCUACAAUAGUGUUCCAAUCAGACAAGAUCGAGAAGAUCUUUCCAGGACGUUCGUGGGCGUGAGCCCGGUCCAUCGGGUUUAAUUUGGAUAGAGAGCACGAGCGAGGGUCCAACGGCAAGCUCUACAUCUCCAAUUGAUUCGUUGCUCAUCUGCCUUUCGUAUUGGUUUAUGUACGCGCUCUCACAAUAGGAUUCACACAUCUGUGCUCUUUCGUUUUUGAAGGUUAGUUGCUGAAAUGGUUGAUCCAAUGGGAAGCAAUGGCUGCAGCCGCACCGUUACCAGGGUGUUAUUCUGUGGCCCUUACUGGCCCGCUUCCAUUGUCUAUACCAGGGAGUAUUUGCACAAGUAUCCAUUUAUCCAGGUUGAUGAAGUAGGUCUUGAGCAGGUACCUGAUGUUAUUCAAAACUACCAUAUAUGCAUUGUAAAAAAUCGGCGCAUAGAUUCAGAUAUCAUUGCACGAGCAACACAGAUGAAGAUUAUUAUGCAGAAUGGUGUCGGGUUAGAAGGUGUUGACAUAGGUGCUGCUACAGAACAUAAGAUUAAAGUUGCAAGGAUACCUGGGUGUACUACAGGAAAUGCUGUCGCUUGCGCAGAAAUGGCAAUCUACCUCACGCUAGGUGUUCUACGAAAGCAAAAGGUGAUGGAUCGUGCUGUCAAUCAGAGAGAACUGGGCACUCCAGCUGGAGAAACAAUAUAUGGAAAAACGAUCUUUGUACUGGGUUUUGGAGCCAUUGGCUAUGAACUUGCGAAGAGGCUAAGGGUAUUUGGAGUUAAAAUUCUUGCUACCAAAAGAAAUUGGUCAUCAAACACGUUGCCUUGUGAUACUGAAGUACUAGUUGAUAAGAAAGGUGGCCCAGAAGAUAUGUACGAAUUUGCCAGAGAAGCAGACAUAGUUAUAACAUGCAUGGCCCUCACCAAUGAAACAAUUGGUAUCGUAGACAAGAAGUUCCUCACAGCAAUGAAAAAGGGAUCAUGUCUGGUCAAUAUUGCUAGAGGACGCCUACUGGACUACAAGGCGGUGCUUAGUCAUCUUGAAUCAAGUCACUUAAGUGGUUUAGGAAUGGAUGUUGCUUGGAUGGAGCCAUUUGAUCCAGAUGAUCCAAUUCUAAAAUUCCCAAAUGUUAUUAUAACACCCCAUGUGGCUGGAAUCACCGAGUACUCUUUAAGAAGAGCAGCAAAGAUUGUUGGUGAUGUUGCACUGCAACUUCAUGCAGGGGAGCCAUUCACUGGAAUAGAAAUUGUGAACUAGAUCCAAAAUUGGCAGGUGGAUGUCAUAAUUUAAUUAGGUCCCAUUUUGAAUGUCUGAAUGAUUUCCAAAUCCUAGUGAGAAUUCACACACUUUCCACAUAAUCCUACAUCUACAUGUCAUCUUAGGGCUUUUGUGUCACCAACAUGUAGACAUAGUAGAGCACAUUGAAGCCCUAAGAUGACAUUGAUAAUCUUGAAGACUAUGAGGACAUUGUUACAUACACAGAAAUAGC